UAUACAACAACAAAAAAUAAGUAAAAAUAUGGAAACACUGAAAAUGGAAAAAUGUCCGUGCGUGGGCAUCUUGAAUCCCGUGCCCAUCUAUCAGAAGCUGAUGAUAGAUAAUCUAACCGUUAUACGCCCACCAAUACUCAAGCUCUACUAUUGGGAGAGCUUCGAUAUAACAGGUCUGAACAAGAAACUUCGCUCGAACAGGCGUGAGUUCGAGCAUGUUCUGGCCAUUCCCUUGCGCCAGAUUCAGAGCCAGCCCCUGAAGAUCAUCUUCUGGCUGCGCAAUAUGUCCGCCAAGCCGCUGGAGCUGAAACUGAAGCGCGUCCAGAACUGCCAGUGCCAGCCGUUGCAGACUCGCGUCGGCUUCAACCAGUUCCGUCAGCUCUUCCACUGCCCCCAUCGCCGGCUCAUCCACGUCAGCCAGGAGCUGCUCAACUUGCUGCCGGACGAGGUGCUGCCCAUCUCGGUGACCGCUCACUUCUUUCUCUACGGCGAACACUAUCUCACCUACGAGAUCUACACCAACGACGAUCGCAAGUUCAUUUGGACCUUUAAGCUGGAGGUCACAGCCUUCGAUCCGGAACGCUGUCUGCUUACCAAGGAGCUGCUGCCCGUAAAUAUUCGAAACUUUCGCCAUGUCACACAGCCGAUUUGGGUGCAGAACAUCACGAUGACCCAUCUAUCGUUCAAUUUCUCCGCACGCGAACGCAGCUUCAAGUUGCACAACUCGAAUCUGACUGUGCCCCGGCAGAGCGUCUGGCCCCUGCUCGUUGAGUACAGGCCCCUGGACUAUGAGAAUGAGGUGGAAGUAAUGCUAUCAUAUGAGAGCGUCAAGGCGCGCUAUAAGAUCAAGGCACGUGGCGCGCUCACAGACGAGCAUGAGGUCACAGAUAUGCCGCUUAAGGACCGAGAAUCCGCCGAAUAUCUCUACGUUAUCUAUCCGAAUCGCCUGAGCUUCGAGCUCUGCAUCAAGGAGAGUCGCACACAGCUCGUCAAUUUGCACAACUAUGGACAGAAGUGCAUGGAAUUUCGUUGGCAAAACUACAUCAUCAGUGACUUCUUUGCUGUCACUUUCGAGCCGUCCAUCUUUCGCCUGAAGGGCCAUCACUCGAAGCUCUGCGAGAUCAAGGUUUCCGUCUUUGAGCGUCUGCUCUUCUUCCGUCGCAUUCCCAUUGUGCUGGAGGUGCAUCGUGUGCUGGAUACGGCCACCCAAAUAGCCAAAGCCGAGCUGACCGAGGUCGAGUCCAUUGACGAUCCCAAGUGGAAGGAGGAUAGCUAUGUGGAGCAUGUCUUUCUGCAUCUGAACAUUCGUGUCCAUUUGUCCAGUCGUGAGGAACGAGAUGACGAUAGUAUCGUUGAGGUCGAUGGCGCCUGCUCGCCCUGCGGCGGCGUCGGCCUGGACCCAGCCGCUGCCGGCGAUGCUCCGCCCGUGGAGAAGCUAACCGAGGCGGAGAGGAAGCUCAAGGAACGCGAGGAACUGGUCAAGCGUCUCUCCAUGAAACGUAAACUGACUGCCAACGAGGUGAUCGAGCUGAGCAUGGCCAUCGAUCAUCGGGUGACCAUAUUCGAGAAGCUCUUCUGGAAGUUCCUAUCCAAGUCGAAUUUCAUGCGCAUUCCCGCGGAACGGACUCGCAACAAGUUUAGCAAGACCUACGAUGAAGUCGUCAUGACGGAUCUCAUGCAGACCCCGUUCAAUGUCAGUUCGCAGGUGGAUCACAAUACCAUCUUGUCCAUACUCAGUCGCCUGAUGGUGGAGGCUCUUAACGAUUUGGCCAAGAACUGGAUAUUUAUACCAUCCGAGUUCUACGAGCGUGAUCCUUAAACUUGCAUGUAAUUUAACUGUUCAACUGUGCCAGCCACAUUACAUAACCUCAAAGCGCAUUGCUCGUUGCACACUUUGCGGCAGCUAUUCAAGCUGUCCACAUGCCGCAUGACACCGAAGUUUAUGUAAGAUUUCGCCCAGGCAAACGCCACAGCUCCACAGCCCCACAGCCCCCCACUCCCACAGCUAGCAAUUUAUGUCGUCGCCUAAAAGCUUCCCCACAUUUAAAGCCAAUGCAACGUGGCGCAAUGGGAAGCACAGCAUAUGCAGUCAGUAGCAAAAGAUUUUCAGCUAACUCCACCAAUUUGACAGCCAUUUUAUUUGUGCACGCUGGCAGAAAUAGUCGAAAGGGAUGCUACAUUUCCUUAAAGACCCUUAAAGCAGAGCCUGCCUCCACUCACCCAUGACUCGCUUCACAUAAUCAAAUUCCACUUAGCUUCAUUCAUUAAUUUACCUCACG